UCGCUGGCACCGGAGGAAGAUGUUGGAUCCGCGUCUUGACUCGUGUCCUUAGAGCGCAAGACGUUCGUACACGUGGUGGUGUCGUGACUCCUUUUUCUCAAUGGGCCGUAAAUUACUGGUUUAAUGGGCCUAUGUUUUGGGUCGUUUAGUUUUCUGUUGUUUGUAUAUUGGGCUUUCUGUUAGGUCUUUUCGUUUAGGUGUACCUUUGUUUAGGCCUUUUGUAUCAUAUUGUGUUGGGCUUUGGUCUUUGGCCUCUGUCCCAUUAAUAAAUUUACCGGUGAAAAAAAAAAGCAGUAGUACCUAAAAUUAUCAACUUCUUCAUCCGUAACAAUACUUUCCUUAUCUCUUAAUUCAAAGGAAAAUUUCCAAUUAUUAUAUAUAAAACCGUAUAGAUAACUACAUAUAAGAUGGAAGUAUAUAAGCUAACAAUUAAUAAGAAUAUAUUUACUUACCAAUAGUCAACUUUUACCGCGUGAUCCAUAUAUAUUACCCACUUUUUUCCCACGCUCAUAAAACUCUAUCUCAACCUUCUUUAAUUCAAUCGUUAUCUCCCCCUCCUUACUUGGGGCUCAAAAGAGCUCAUAUAAUUUUGUUAAUGUCAGUUUCAUCAAACAUACUCAAAGAGAAUUCUCGCGACUUGUUGCGAGAAGAGGAACCUGGUGAUGAUGAAGUCGAAUUUCCCAUUAACGAUGAGGACGAAGAUUUUUCGAUAACGAGUAUUAGGAUUGUUUUGGUAGACUCAGAUCCUGAAUCCUUAUGCCUCAUGAAGAACCUCAUGACACAGUACUCUUACCAAGUAAGGGAUUUUAAAAACGGAGCUGAAGCUAUUGCUUUCUUGAUGAUGAGCAAGCAUGAGAUCGAUUUAGUGAUUUGGGAUUUUCACGUGCCCGAGAUUAAUGGACUGGAAGCUCUCAAAACCAUUGGUAAAGAGAUGGAUUUGCCCGUAGUAAUAAUGUCUCAUGAACACAAGAAGAAAACUGUGAUGGAAUCGACAAAACGAGGCUCAUGUAACUUUCUCCUGAAGCCAGUGAGCAAAGAAAUCAUUGCAGUUCUAUGGCAACAUGUUUACCGCAAGAGAGUAUCUAUAUAUUCCGUUGAAUCAAAUCCAGAAGAAAAUGUCGGUUUAGAUCAAGAUGAUAUUGAUCUCUAUCAGACCAACUCCAAUAGCGGAGAACAAACCAGUUCCUAUCAAAAAGAAGGCAAGAACAAGAAACCGCGGAUGACUUGGACACCUGAACUUCACCAACUGUUUGAAAAAGCGGUCGAGAAAAUGGGCGGUGUUGAACGUAAUCAUUCACACGAAUCUCUUGUGAAUAUUCAGUUUUUUUUUUCAUGUUAUUCAUUUAUUAUCUUAUUUUUCAUUUUGACUAUGUUAAAUGCAGAGGCCGUUCCAAAGCAGAUUCUCAAAUGUAUGCAAGAAGAAAAGGAUGCGGAAGGACUCACUAGAAACAAUGUAGCCAGUCAUCUUCAGAAGUACCGUCUAAAUUCAGGGAAAAAGUCAUCCAUGAUCCAGGAAACUCGAGAAGAUUCUGAGUGGCGUAAUGCUGGACCAAACACCGCUCUCACGGCUUCUAAACCGCUACCAAACUCCAUCUUCGGUCUCCAUACUAGAGUACCGUAUUUUGCGAACGAUCAAGACGCAAGAAACGGCCCCAUGCAGUAUCCUUCAACCAAUUACUUCACAAUGGACAAUGGCCAUUUCAUGACCAACUCUUUUGCUAAUCUACCUUAUACUGACUCGUUUCAUCAGCAACAACAACAACAAUUUCAACAUCAGCAGUACUCCAAUUCUUCUCUUCAGUUACCUUCCGUGAUAACCAAACAAGAGUUUCCAUACGUGUCAGCAGCCCUGGAAAAUCCCGAUCUCAUAGCUAAUGAAAAUUCACUCUACAUGGACUUGGGAGACUAUUUGCAAGAAGGACUUAGCGAUUUCGAUAAGACUAAUCGUUAUUGACUCGUCGAAGGGAGGUGAUAUAUGAAUUCGUCUCUUUGUCGUAGCUCUUCUCUCUUCCCCCUGAUUUUUCUUUUCAUGUUCUUAUUAAGGUUUUUUGAACCACACAAUCGCUCAUCGGAUACCUUCGUUCGAUUUGCAUUUGGCGUGGUAGUAUUUCUGUUAUUUUGGUGGAACUAUAUAGUUUUAGUUGUGAGUGAUCUAUAAUCACUUGCGUAGAUAUAGUUGAUUUAAUUUAAAUGGCAAAAACUGAUCGUACUCAUACGGUUUCCUAUGUACUUUUAGUUUGCACUUUAGAAUUUCAUUAUACACUAUUUUCUUUUUUUAAGGUGUAAAUAUAAAUUUUUCUACCAAAUUUUAAGUUUUUGACAGAUCGUACAAAGAAAAUUAGUAGCAGAAAACAAAAACAAAAAUCUAAACAAUACCAAAAUACAAAAGAAAAAGCGCAACCACAACACCACUAAAA